AUGGCGGAGGCUCCGGCGGUGGGCAUCGACUUGGGCACCACGUACUCGUGCGUGGGCGUGUGGAAGAACGACGGGGUGGAAAUCAUCGCCAACGACCAGGGCAACCGCACCACCCCUUCUUACGUGGCUUUCACUGACACGGAACGUUUAGUUGGAGAUGCAGCGAAGAAUCAAGUGGCUCGAAACCCCGAGAAUACGGUCUUCGACGCGAAACGGCUCAUCGGCCGCAAGUUCGACGACCCCGCAGUCCAGGCCGACAUGAAACACUGGCCGUUUACGGUGAAGUCCGGGCCCGCUGGAAAGCCUUUAAUAGAAGUCAGUUAUCAGGGAAGCAAAAAGACUUUUCACCCCGAGGAGAUCUCCGCGAUGGUGUUGAUGAAAAUGAAGGAAAUCGCAGAAGCUUUCAUCGGAAAAGAAGUCAAAGAGGCUGUCAUUACAGUGCCCGCUUACUUCAACGACAGCCAAAGACAAGCCACUAAAGACGCGGGAACUAUUGCGGGGUUAAAUGUCUUGAGAAUAAUAAAUGAACCAACAGCAGCAGCAAUAGCUUACGGACUUGACAAAAAAGGACAUGGAGAAAUGAAUGUUCUUAUUUUCGACAUGGGGGGCGGGACUUUUGAUGUUUCUUUGUUGACAAUUGAAGACGGGAUUUUCGAAGUUAAAGCAACUGCAGGAGACACGCAUUUGGGAGGAGAAGACUUCGAUAAUAGACUUGUUGAUUUUUGUGUUCAAGACUUCAAAAGAAAAAACAGAAGCAAAGACUGCAGCAGCAACAGCAGAGCUUUGCGGCGGCUGCGGACUCAGUGCGAAAGAGCGAAGAGGACUCUCAGCAGCAGCACUCAGGCCACUAUUGAAAUAGAUUCUCUUUUUGAAGGAAUUGAUUAUUCUGUUUCCCUUUCAAGAGCUCGUUUUGAAGAACUUUGCAUGGACUAUUUCCGGAAUAGUUUAGUGCCAGUUGAGAAGGUUUUAAAAGACAGUGGGAUCGACAAAAGGAGCGUUCAUGAAGUGGUCUUGGUCGGAGGAAGUACCCGAAUUCCGAAAAUCCAACAACUCAUUCAGGAGUUCUUCAACGGAAAAGAACCCUGCAGAUCCAUAAAUCCAGACGAAGCUGUUGCUUACGGAGCUGCAGUUCAAGCAGCAAUUUUAAAAGGAGUUAACAGCAGCCAAGUCCAGGACUUGUUGCUUUUAGAUGUUGCUCCUUUAUCACUAGGUUUGGAGACUGCUGGCGGAGUUAUGACAAAGUUAAUUGAAAGAAAUACUACUAUUCCCACGAAAAAAUCCCAAGUUUUCACGACUUAUGCGGACAACCAGCCCGGAGUUUUGAUUCAAGUUUUUGAAGGAGAAAGAGCCAUGACAAAAGAUAAUAACUUGUUAGGAAAGUUCCAUCUUGAUGGCAUUCCGCCAGCUCCAAGAGGAGUUCCGCAGAUUGAAGUUACUUUUGACAUUGACGCAAAUGGAAUUAUGAAUGUAACUGCCACUGAGAAGAAUACUGGAAAGUCCAAUCAAAUUACAAUCACUAAUGAUAAAGGAAGACUGAGUCAGGGAGAGAUCGACAGAAUGGUGGCGGAGGCGGAGAAGUACAAAGCUGAAGAUGAAGCUAAUAGGCAAAGAGUUGAAGCAAAGAAUGGACUUGAGAAUUAUUGCUAUUCCAUGAGAGGAACUUUGGAAGAUGAAAAAGUCAAAGACAAGAUCUCAGCAGCAGACAGAGAAGCUGCUGCUGCAGCAAUUCAAAAGGCGCUCGAUUGGCUCGAUAAGAACCAACUCGCGGAAAAGGAAGAGUUCGAGGCCAAACAGAAAGAAGUCGAGAGUGUAUGUACACCUAUUGUCACCAAAAUGUACCAAGCAGCAGCAGCAGCCGGCGGGGGGGCCCCCGGGGGGGCCCCCGACAUGGGCAUGGGCGCGGGGGGGGGGGCCCCCGGGGGCCCCCCCGGGGGGGAAGGCG